CGUUCAAAAAGCAGAAAAUUCAAGGGUUUGGUUAUAUUUGAUUUUUUUAACUUUAGUUAAUGGUCAGCAGUAAUUUAAAGGAGUGGUUUGAUGGUUGCCCAAAUGUAGAUAGUUUUGGGUUAGAAGAGAGUGUAUUUGACAGUAUUGAGAACACUAUGGAGAUUGGUCAAGAGGAAAGCUUCGGGAAAACCCCUGUUGGUGACCUUGGCUUUGAUGGGUUCGAGCCAGUUGUUGAUGGGUCCGCGCUGGUUGAAGAUGAGCCAGGCCGUACAAGGUUGGAGGAAGACGAGUCAAAACCACAAGGGGAGUUGGGUUUAUCAGUUGAGGAGUCAAAACCAGAAGAUUUUGAUGGGCUCAUGGCGAUUGGUUGCGAGUCUGAUCCAGUUGGAGUUGAGCCAGGCUGUACAGUGAAGGCGGAAGAAGAGUCAAAACCAGAAAAGAAUCCGACUUUACCUAUUGAGGAAGUGAUUGAGAAGGUUGGUUUGGAUGAUGGAUUAGAGAGUGGAAGUAGUAGUUCAGUGUCCGACAGUGAAAGUUCUUCUUCGUCAACAUCUUCUAGUAGUAGCAGUGACGAGGAGGAGGAGGAGGAAGAAGAUGAGGAGGAUGAAGAGAAUAAGGAAAAAGUGAAGGUGAAUGCUAAAAUGUUGAAUGAUGCAGAUGAACUUGAAGAUGGUGAGAUAAUAGGUACUAAUGAGGAGGCAACCUUUGAUGGAACUGACAAUGACGACGAUGACGAGGAGGAAACAGAUGAUAUCCUUAGUGCAUUAGAUAUUGAACUCGAAGAAGUUGAUGAUGAUGAGGAUGCUGGUGCUUCAAAAGGUCCCAUCAGGUCCAAGCAUGAAGUUGAGGUUCUUCCUGAAGUUCCACCACUGGAUGUUGAACUGCAACCCCAUCACCAAAUGCUGCCUGUUGGAGUUAUUUUGUCGAUGAUUGGUACCAAAGUUAUUGUUGAAGGAAGAGAGCAGCACAACCCUCUGAAUGAAGGUUCGGUUCUCUGGUUAACCAUGAACAGAUCUCCACUUGGAUUUGUGGAUGAAAUCUUCGGACCUGUAAAAAACCCAUACUAUAUAGUGCGGUAUAAUACCGAGAGCGAUGUCCCUGCUGGGAUCCAUGAAGGCACUUCUAUCUCUUUUGUUCCUGAAUUUGCUAAUCACGUUCUCAACGAGAAAAGUCUUCACAAGAAAGGAUAUGAUGCAUCCGGUGAGAAUGAUGAGGAGUUGUUGGGUGAUGCUGAGUUCUCUGAUGAUGAAAAAGAGGCCGAGUACAAGAGGAUGCAAAAAAUGACAAAGAGAGCCAUGAAUGACCAGAGAGUGGGAAACCAGAAAAGCAAUAAAAAGAAAGUUAAUGGAGCUUGGAAUACCGAUGGGAACUCUGCCCAGCAAACAGCAACAGGUCAACUUCCACCUAAUCAGAAUCAACAUAAUAUCUCCGUAGUCUCAGCAUCUUUGGUCAAUCAUAAUUGUUCAUCUUCUGUUGUGGGACAACAAAAUUUUGUUGGUGGAUCUGGCUUUGUCCCACCGUCUGGUAAUAUUGGACCUUCUAAUGGAGUUUGGAAUAAUGGAAUGGCAGGCCAGCAUCCACAGAAUGUUGUUUUCCCGAACAGGUUUUCUGCUGAAGGAAUGCAAUUGCUCUCGCAGAAUUACGCACAGCAGCCUAUUCCUUUGUCAAACCCUGCAAUAUCUAUGCCUACCAUGAUGCCCUAUCAGCAGCAGCAGCAAUUUGACCCUAGUUUGAGCACAUUUCCUAAUAUGGUCUUACCUGGUGGCCAGUUAAACUCUUUUGCUGGACUAUCCUCUGCACCUUUGCUGGGGAUUGCCGGUCAAAAUUUAAUCAGCCAAAGCACGUUCGGAAUGGGUAUGCAGUCCCAACAAUUCCUUGGUGCAUUGCAGAGUAUUUUAACAAAUGGACCUACUCUAAAUGGGAACUGUAAUUUGCAACCAAAAGGUGUCCAAGUCAACUUCGAAUUAUCCCAGAACUUUAACAUGGGUGCACCAUCGAGUCAUGGAGGAAAAUCACAUCAUCGAGGCCGUGGAAGUGGUCGUGAUCGUUUUAGUGGUGGAAGAGGUCAUCACCGAUCUGAAUAAAUUCGAAUAGAGACA